UGAACCAAGAUGGCGGCGUACAUUGAAAUGAACAACACACUCCUAUUAUUGACGGAUUUUUGUAAAACUGUUGAAUGGAUCAUUGGGAAACUUACCCAUUAUUUUCGUUAACAUGUAUUGGUUGUUUUCUCAUGGUCUAUUGGUGAUUAUUCUGUGUUUUUAAAUCGAAAAAAACUUCACCGGCAUUUUGGCAGUUUUUCGAUAAAUGCUUGUUUACGUCACUAAGGUGAUCACGUGGGCCCGGGGGUGGGGACUAUUGACGUUUUUAUACAAUACCUAAUAGUACCCAUGUGAUGAAAUAGCCAGAAAUGCCAGAAACGUAGUGAUCAUUUUUCCCGCAAAUUUGCCGCCAUUUUUAUUGUGCUUGCACCGAAUGUGGUCGCUUUCUGAAAUGCAUGUCAAGGAAUAUAUUGUUCAUCCUUAACAAUAUUGUCAGAGAGUUUGAUGAGCGGUGUGCUUGGUAUGAUGAAAGAAUCUGGACCUGUCGUUGUACUGGUCACACUAAUCUGACUCAUCAGGAGGCCUGGAACUCAGAGAAAAUUGUCAACAAUUCUCUGAAGCAGCAGUUCCCGAGUUGUCACAAUAAACCAGUUUUGGAACAUGUGCAUCAUAGUACCUUGACACUGGACACCCUGGUUGAUCAGGCCUGGCUCUUGCUACAGCAGGUUCUCUCUGUAGGCGAAACAGUAACUCUCAAAGUCAAGUCAGCAGGAAAACCGAUAAAAGGUCACGUCAUUAAAGUCAACAAAGCUGGAAUUGAAGCCAAUCCCACCAGUAACUGUAACUCCCCCUCCAGUGACAAGGAAAACUCGGCUGAGGAUACUAAUGGCUCGCCACAGAAAUGGCUGCCUCCAAAGUUGCUGCCUUACAAGUACAGCCUGCAUCUAGAUGAUGAGGACAAGGUCAUUAAUGAGAUCCCUGCUUUGGACAUCAGUCGACUGGAGAAAGUGCCGUCUAAGGAACUUUUGAGGCUUUUUAUCCGAGCGAAUGCUCUGAGAGUGGGGCAGAACCAGACUAGCCCAUGGGUGGUGGAUGACAGCCACGUCAAAGAGUUUGGUCUACCCAACAAAUUUGCUCAUUUCUUGCUCUCUCCUAUUAAAAAAGCAGAAAUGAACAACGUAGUUGAAGAUGAACCCGUUUCUAAAAAACGUAAACUGUCGUUACAACCUGGCCUUGCAUCAAAGAAGGCCAAGAUUGAUAAAGUCAACAGUGCAAAGAAAACCAGGGACACUGGUAAAGCAAAACAAACAAAACUGACAGGGGCAUCUCUAAAAAAGUCAGCAUCAGUACCAAGUUUGAAAUCAAAUGACAAAACUUCUCCCAAAAAGUCACCAAAAAAGUACAAGACACCUGAAACUAUAGAAAUAGUCACUGAUUCUAGUAGUGAUGAGGAUUGUCCUCUUGCAAAACUUCAAACACCACCACCAAGGAACAAAUCGCCUGCCAAGAAAUCCUCACCGAAAAAGGCAUUGCCAAAGAAGGAAAUGAAAAAAACAACAUCAAAAAUGGACAAGAAAAGGUCUCCAAAGAAAAGCAAAAAAUCCUUGUCAGAAAAGAAAAAGAGUGACAGCAAAAACACUCCUAAAAAACGGAAAGUUGUUGCUGUGGAUAGUGACGAGGAUCAGCCAUUAUCAAAGCUGAAGCAGUCUCCGAAAAAGAGUAUGAAGCAGAUGACUCUUUUUGAAAUGUCGAAAAAGAAAGGAUUAAAAACUCCAGAAAAGAAGAAAAUUACCAACAGUAACAAUAAAACCCCAGAUAAAAAAGACAGAAAGAAAGUGAUGACCCCGCCCAGGACACCUGCCAUAGUAUCCAAGAUGGUUAGAGCUCACAAGAUGGAGGACCAGGCAAAGUUCAAACUGUUUGUACAACAGGCUGCCAAGAUUCUCACCUCCCCACAGAGGAAACGAUUACCGCCACAGAUCAAGGACACUGUGGACCGCAAAUACGAGUUCUUUGCUGAGAAAAAGAAAAUAAGCCGUAUGACGCCAGAGCAAAGAGAAGCUUACUUGAAAGAAAAGCAGGAAAAUAUGAAACUGAAACGAAACGCAAAAAAACAGGAGAUUAAGCAGAAAAACAGAGAAAAGUUGAGGGAGUUAAAAAAGAAAUAUGAAGAUCAAAGUUUGACCGGCAAGCCACUUCCUCCCCCCAAACUUGUGCCCACCCCUGACGGACUUCCUAAUGAAAUGUUUGGUGAAGUGACGUUUAUUGCGGAAUUCAUCAACUGUUAUUCUGGCCUGCUGAUGCCUGAUGAAAGUUACCCCAUACGGACGGAUGCAUUAAUGAAAGCCCUGUCCUGUGGAACUGAUGGGUUCACGUAUCUGUCCCGUGCCUUAGUGGUUCUGCUUCAGACUCUCCUACAGGAUGAAAUCGCAGAGGAUUACCAAGAGAUCCGAGUGCCACUAUCGGACAUCCCAGUGAACGCCUGUACUGCCUCUGAACUGACCAGACUUUGUUUGAGGCGACAGGACGAUGAUAAUGAUCAUUACGCAGUUGAAGAUGACAUGGAAAUCUCUGAUGCGUUGAUCCAGCUGCUGGAAACACAGGAGAUGUAUCAGCUGGAGCUGGCUCAGAAGAUACAGAUACUAAAAGGCCUUUGUCUGAGGAUCAUGGGCACCUACUCUGUGCAGGACUUCAUGGAAGAGAAACAGACAGAGUCCUCUAAGCUCUGGAGGAAGAGACUGGCUGUGCUUAAAGUUAAGAAUACUCAACUAAAGAAAGAAAAGGAACAAAACAAAAAAGAAAAAGCUGAGCAAGCUCUGAAAGAACCAGAAAAGAAGAAAGUGAAAGAAGAGAAGGAAGAGAAAAAUCCAAAUUUGACAAUAUCACACUUCUAUGGACAAACCAGUGGUGAUCAGAGUGACUCCUCCAAGCCGGCCACCCCGGAACCAGCAGACUCUGCAGAGGAUGGCGGUGACUUGGCUUCGGUUGUGAAACGACGAAGGAUGAAUACUGCUAAGGCUGCUGCUGAAAGGGAACAGCGGCAACAUGAGACGAGGAAACAGAAAGAAAAGGAAUAUGAAGAGUACAGGAAACAGAAACAAGAAGAAGACUUUGAAAAAGACUUUGUUAAUGGAAUUGCCCUUGCUAAGUCUGUACUUCGCCAUACACCAAUAGGAACCGACAGGAACCACAGUCGAUACUGGGUUUUCUCCGGAGUCACUCCUGGGCUCUAUAUAGAGAAAGGCUGGGUAAAUAAGGACAUAGAUUACUGUACCAGAGAGGAAGGGUCAAGUAACUGGGACAGUGACGACUCGGAUACCUCCACCAACAUGGCAAAUAAGGACGAAGAAAAGCAAAAUGUCAAAACCACUGUUCCACGUUUUGGCCAGAACUUAUGGUUUACCUACUCCGGUGUAAAAGAAUUAGAUACCUUAAUAGACAAUCUACAUCCACAAGGCUACAGGGAAAGCAGCCUGAAAAAUGAACUCAAGAAGCGAUAUGCAGAAAUAUCUGUAGGAAUUUUCCAGAGAACAAGAGCCAGUUGUGAGCUAAGGGAUUCAGACGGUGACAAAGAAAUGCUGGAUGGAUUCAGAAAGGAACUUCUAGAUACAGAGAUGAAGUUACGCUAUGGUGGUUUGGGAGGUGUGGAUAAAUUUGAGGCUUGGGAGGAAAAACUUGAGUCCGCAACAGAUAUUGCAGUGUUUGGUAAAUUGAUGAUGGAGACACAAGAAGGUGUGUCAAAGAAAUUCCGUCAGGGAAUCAUGGGUUUGAAGAAAAAAAAGACAAAGGUCACGGAGGUGACAGAAGUGAAGGAAGAAAAGGAAGCAGAAGAGGAUGAAGAAGAGGAGAAGGAGAUAGCUGGAAUAGUGGAGUGGCGUGAGGCGGUGGAGAGUGCAUCAACUCUGUCUCGACUUCAUGUUCUCAUGGCCAUCCUCGACAACAGUAUUAAAUGGGAAAAGUCAGCAGAGAAUGCGAAAUGUAAAAUAUGUCGUAAAAAAGGAGAGGAACAGAAGCUGCUGUUGUGUGACGAGUGUAAUCAACCUUUCCACAUGUAUUGUCUGAGACCUGCCCUCAUAGAGAUACCCAGGGGAGACUGGUUCUGUGCCUCUUGUAUGCCACAGAACCAGAGAAGAAAGUCCCGAGUGUACAACAUUGAUUAUGAUGAAAGACGGAAGGAUAGAAAUGACGAAUACACUAGUGACUCCAACGACUCGUUGUCAGGGGAGAUAGAACACGAGGAGAACUGUGCUGAGUGUGGUGGGGACGAAGGUCUGAUCUUCUGUGCCGAGUGUCCUACAGCCUACCACUUGGAGUGCCAUGACCCACCACUACGACAUCCUCCAAGGGGAAGAUGGAUUUGCACAGAAUGUAAAACUGGGGUGAAGAGAAAUUCAAGGUCAAGGUCGAAGCGAAAAGUUGCCAAGAAAUCUGGAAGAGCUGCUCCAAAAAGGAAAAAAUAUGCUGAAUCAUCAGAUGAGAGUGAGGAAGAGGAGGAAGAAGAAGUUGAUAGUGAGGAGGCGGAGGAGGAAGAGGAAGAAGAGGCACCAAAGAAAAGUGGUCGUAGAGUACAACAGAAGUCUGGGCCAGGGAGGAAACCAGGCUCAACUAACAAAAAGGAGAAAUCACGCUCCUCAACUGGCAGUAACUCAAGUCUCAAUGACAGCAGAACAUACACAUCUAGACGGGCACCAUCAGAACUCUCUAUAUGUGAGCAGAUCGUAGGUGAUGUAAUGAAGAUGGAAUCCUCCUGGCCAUUUCUGCUUCCAGUCAACAAAAAGGAUGUGCCCGAUUACCAUCGCAUUGUAAAGCAUCCAAUGGACCUUCAGCUUGUCAAGGACAAACUCAAGUGUAUGGUGUACGGUUCAGUGGAGGAAGUCAUUGAGGACGUCAAACAGAUCUUCAUUAAUGCUGAGACUUACAACAAGGUUGGAAGUGAGGUAUUGGACUGCAAGGAGGAAGUGGAGAGAAACUUUGCCCUUUUAAUCAAGAAGAACUUACCUAUGUGCCUGUAUGCUCGAGGGAGAAACAGCCAGGCUUGCUGACAGUAAUGGAUGUAAAUUAAAUCAUUGCUAGAUGUUUAUAUCGAUAGUAUAAAAUGUAUUAAGUUGCUGAAGAAUAUCAUUUGUUACAUCAUUCUACCAAGGACAACUCAAAUUCACAAAUUGUAUAAACUGAACAUCCUUGACUAUCACAGAAGUGUGAACACCCUAGACUAUCACAGAAGUGUGAACACCCUAGACUACCACAGAAGUGAAUGUGAACACCCUAGACUAUCACAGAAGUGUGAACAUCCCUGACCAUCACAAAAGUGACUGUGAACACCCUAGACUAUCACAGGAACGGGAUACUCAAGUAAUGGGGGUUCAAGUCAGUAGGGUUCACUGUAUUUACAAAAAAACUUAUUGAAUAUGACUUUACAUAUGGCUGAAUAUUUAAAUAAACUCGCAAAUUGGUCCAUUGUAUGAAUUAAUUACAUGUAUGUUUAUAUCUGUACUGCUGGGACCAAAAUACCAAUAUCCUACUUCAUCUGGUGUCCAUUAUUUCAGUUUUCCUUACAUUGUACUCCUCAAUUGUACACAAAUGUAACUUUUGUAAAAAAAAGUAUAAGGUUUUGUAGACACUUUUUUUUAGGUCACCUGAGACAAAGUCUCAAGUGACC